AUGGAUAAGGCUAAUGCCGAUUGGGCCAAAGAGAUUCCUUGCAAGAAUAUAACCAUUUAUGGGUUCUGCAAGUACGAGAACGAAGGGUGUAUUUUCAACCAUAAGAGUACGAAAACAGGCACGAAAAACGCAAAUUCUGUAACAGCGGGGAACAACGAGGAUUUGGUACCGCAAAUUCAACCGAGUGCAAAUCAAGUGGGGCAGGGUGCUCAGAGUGCUUCGAUGUCGGAUGUGCAAAACACCGUGGGUUUGCAGCCUAGUCAGCAGAACUUACAAAAUGUGCAGAAUGUAGGGAGCAAGUAUAAUGCGAAAACAGCGGCCUUCUUCACACCUUCGUCGAAGCCAACUAUCAUCAAGCAAGAAAAAUCUACGCAGAAAUUGGGAAGCGAGAUGUCCAGUGCAUCGUUAGGUUCGGGAUUUAUCAGCGGGUUUAAUCCGUACGCUGCCAAUUUUACACCUGGAAAUGCUACGUCUAGUCCAGCCGAUACUCCACCUCCUACGUCUUCGUCAGGAAGAGCUUUCAACCCUUAUUCUGCACCCGCUGUGAUGGGCAACGUAGGCAACGUCUCGUUGCCUGCACCAGUCUCAGGCUCGAGCUUUCCGGACGUCGCGUUCGAGCAUCAUCAUCGCAGCUCCGCAAUCAAUCCCAACUUCCCCACUAUUUACCCACCGAGCCAUUCAAUUUUACAAUACCAUUUGUAUGCCCCCGACCCUCCGCUUCAUCUUCAAGUGUCUCUGAAACCGAACGAGCGAACUCCGGAAAUGCUCUUUAUUCCGAAUAACUUGCGAGAAGAACUGGUGAAAAAAAAUCAAGCUGCACUUCAAGUGUUUCCAGCUAGCGGAAUGCUGCCGGACAUUGUCGGUGACUAUUUUGGGCUUGUCCCGUUGGAGUUUCACAGUCGUCCUGCAAGCGAUAAACGGUACUGUGGGCAUCAAAACUCGCUUUACAAAGUUUUCAGCAACGUUGAUGGAAAAGUGUACAUUAUGAGAAGAAUACAUGAUGUUCAAAUUGCAGAGUCUCAUCAGCUGUCCAAGGCGUUUCAGGCGUGGGAAAAAGUUGAGUGUUCGAACGUCGUAAAGCUGCGCGAUGCAUUUGUGAGCAGGGCUUUCAACGAUUCUUCCCUUUGCAUGGUCCAGGAUUACUACCCACAGUCGCCCUCGUUACUAGAAACUCAUCAAGUAAGCUUCAGUCUAACACCGAUAACGCAAGACCUGCUUUGGGCGUAUCUGGUCCAGAUGUGUAGCGCCAUACAAGAAGUUCAUUCCCAAAAUCUGGCGCUCCAAAAUAUAUGCCUUGAGAAGGUUAUUGUCACGGGAAGCCCGGGCCGGAUUAAAGUGGCCGAUUGCGGGACAAAAGAUAUUUUAUUAUCUUCAAGCGACAGAGACCUUUUCAAGGAGCAGCAACAGGAUUUCAGGGACCUCGGAUCUAUGCUCAAAGAGCUCGUGUCAAAAAUGACGGGCGUUAAAAAUAGCCCGAUUGAGGGCCCAGCUAUAGAUGAGCAAUUCAAGAAUGCCGUUGAUUAUCUUUGUGAAAACAAUAGCUUCAAAACCCUCCAGGAACUCAUGGGCUUGAUCUCGCACAAAAUUCUGCCUGUUAUGACGAGUUUCCAGAACUAUGCGGAGUACACGGAAUCCAUUCUUUCUCGAGAGUUAGAGAAUGGCAGACUUUUUAGGCUAAUGUGCAAAUUGAGCUGCAUCUUCGGUCGGACUGAGUCUCGUGUCGACAUCAACUGGUCAGAAUCGGGAGACAAGUUCCCAAUAGUGCUUUUCUACGACUAUGUCUUCCAUCAGGUUGACGAAACCGGCAAGCCUGUAAUGGAUCUCACACACGUUCUAAGGUGUCUGAAUAAGCUUGAUGCUGGAGUGUCGGAACGUCUCAUGCUCGCUACUCCAGACGAGCUAAAUUGCAUAAUAAUCAGCUACAAAGAGUUGAAAGAUCUGAUAGAUUCAACCUUUAGGAUGAUGACGCAAUGA